AUGGCUACUCAAGCAGUAAACAAAACCGGCUCCGGAUGGCCUCGAAGAAACAGCCACGGCACGGGAUUGACGGAAAUGAACAAACUACAGACCAAUCAAUCGAUGACGCUAAACAGGACUAUUAAUCUCUACCCACUGACGAAUUACACGUUCGGAACGAAGGAACCGUUGUUCGAGAAGGACCCAUCGGUUCCCGCUCGUUUCCAGCGGAUGCGUGACGAGUUUGAUAAAAUUGGAAUGCGCAGAUCGGUGGAAGGUGUUCUGCUGGUUCAUGAACACGGCCUUCCGCAUGUAUUGUUGCUGCAGCUGGGCACGACGUUCUUCAAGCUACCUGGAGGAGAGCUUAGUGCCGGGGAAGACGAAGUGGAAGGUCUAAAACGACUGCUGACGGAGACUCUAGGGCGACAGGACGGUGUGAAGCAGGACUGGAUCGUCGAGGACACGAUUGGCAACUGGUGGCGUCCGAACUUCGAACCUCCGCAGUACCCGUACAUCCCGCCGCACAUCACAAAGCCGAAGGAACACAAGCGUCUGUUUUUGGUGCAACUCCACGAGAAGGCGCUUUUUGCCGUACCGAAGAACUACAAGCUAGUAGCGGCUCCGUUGUUUGAGCUGUAUGACAAUUCGCAAGGCUACGGACCGAUAAUAUCAUCGCUGCCGCAAGCACUCUGCAGGUUUAACUUCAUCUACAUGUAA